AUGGCCUUGGUCAACCCACUCUCGUCGCCGACCCGCUAUGCGUGCUCCACUCUGACCAAGCCGGCCGACUAUCCAGGCGUCUUUCUUUUGGAACUCCAUGCUCGCCCGGACAACCGAAUGACCGAACAUUUCAUCCAAUCAAGUCUGAUCGCACCCCUCUUGGAUGUUGAACGAGAGUAUAGAGCCUCCUUACUUGGCUUGCUUGCACAACCAUCGACCAACUCAACAGGAUGGAAGACACCGCUUACGCCGGGUCAAUACGCUAUCGUAACCUGCGGCCCUCAAGAUAAAAACAGGAUUUACAGCAACGGUCUCGAUCUGACUGAAGCCUUGGCCUUGGAUCAUUUCUUUCAACAUGUCUUGAAUCCAUUAUACGCCAAGUUAUUGAAGUUCCCAAUCCCUACCAUUGCGGCGAUUAACGGACAUGCAUUUGCGGGCGGUUUCUGUUUGGCUUUAGCCCACGACUUCAGGAUUAUGAAGGAAAACGAGCAAAAAGGGAAGGCGUUGAUGGCCAUGAAUGAGGCCGAAUUCGGUGCCCCCGUCCCAUUGGGUCUAGUAGCAGUUGUCGAAGCCAAACUCCCUACGACUAGUGUGGUGGCCAAAUGCUUGACCGAGGCUCAUCGUUUCAACGCCAAAGAGGCCCUCGAACUCGGUAUUGUCCACUCAUUAGCCCCGGAAUCUGAGGUCGUUCAAAGGGCCCUAAAAUUCGGCUUUGAUAAAUCUGUUCGAGCAUCAACCGGGGUUUACGGAAUGAUUAAAGAAUCGGUCUAUCGCGAGACUAUCCAUCUCUUGGACUCAAGUGGAGGCGGAAACGCGGACGUGAAAUCGAUCCACACAGCCCGUUUGAAGCAUCUGUCUAGACAUCAAUCUGCCCACUCAAAACUCUAA